UAAAAGCUCCGCAAGGAAACGGGGCUCCUCCUCUCCCCCCCGCGCCUUGCCAUUUAAAUGUCUGCGCGCAGGCUGAGCCCACACUGCCCUGCAGCCUCCUCGGCAGCCCCAGCACCCGGCGUGAUGCCCACGCAGGGGGACGCAGGAGACGGGCGUUAGCCCCUGGCCCGCAGCGGCUCGGCCCUGAGGAGUGCUCGCAGCAGCCCCGCGGGAGGACCAUGCGAGAGCACCGGGGGCUGUGAGCAUCCAUCCGUCCAUCGCGGUGGAUGGACCCCCUGUGGCCAGCCCCCCAUGUCGGCCUCGCUGCUGCUCUGGGCCGUCCUCCUCCACUGGGCCUCCGGUGGGGGCCUUGCCCGGGGCGGCAGGACGUGGCAGCACUGCACAGACUUGCGCCCGCUGGACAUCCUCUCGGAGGUGGUGCCGGCCGGCGGCCUGGCCCGCGGCCUGCGGGUGUUCCAAGUGCAGGGGGUGCGCGGCCUCCAGCUCACCACCGCCUGGCCCCGGGCCUUGGGCUUCCCCGCCUCGCGCCUCUUCGUCCACUGCGACCGCUUCCCUGAGGAGUUCUCCAUUAUCGUCACCCUGAGAGUCCUCGACGUCCCCGCCAAGAGGAACGAGUACAUCUUCACGCUGAUGGCCGAGGAGAGCCCCAGCGUGCUGGUGGGGCUCCGCUACGCGCCCAGCAAGCUCCACUUCCUCUUCUGGAGCCAGGAGCGCUCCAGCGGCUGGCAGACCCGCGUCACCUUCCGCAACGUCUCCCUGGCAGACAGCCGCUGGCACACGCUCGUCCUGGCCGUCUCCGGCCAGUCCUUCUCGCUGACGGUGGACUGCAGCAGCCCCAAGGAUGUGGUGGUGGAGACGCCAUUUCCAGCUUCUCUGUCCGUGAAGAGAGCCAGAUUUUACCUGGGCAACAGGAGGAGAAGGAAAGGCUUGUUCACGGGUCUGCUCAGGCAGCUCGUCCUGCUGCCAGGAGCCGAUGCCACCCCUCGGGUAUGCCCGGCUGUGAAUUUUGAAGCAGCCACGCUCUCCAUCCCCGCUGUUCUCCAGGACGUGCCAGUGAAGUCAGUGAGCAACGAGGUGCUGAAGUACCCGUACGAGACGGACAUGAAGGUGACCCUUGGGUCCCGUCCACCCUGCACCAAGCAGGAGAAGGCGCAGUUCUGGUUCAACGCCCCCCGGAGAGGGCUGUACCUCUGUGACGGCAGCACCUGGAUUUCCAUGCUGGAAGCCAAACAGCGGCUGGACUAUGUGGAGGAGCACCAGAGCCUGGUGACCAACUCUGAGACAAUGGGCAUCGAGGUCUUCACCAUCCCGAAGGUGGGACUCUUUGCGGCCACUGCCAAUCGGUACACCCCCCCUGGGUCAGCCGUCUACAAGUGGACUGAUGGGAAGUUUGUGCCCUACCAGAACAUCCCCACCUACCAAGCUCAGUCCUGGAAGUAUUUUACCAUAGGGAAAAAGAUCUUCCUAGCAGUGGCUAAUUUUGAGCAGAAUGACAGGGGUCAGGAGUUCUCUGUAAUAUACAAGUGGAGCCACAGGAAAGAGAAAUUCAUCACCCACCAGAGGAUCACCACGCACAGCGCUAGGGACUGGGAGGCAUUUGUCAUUGAGGGAGAGGCUUUCCUCGCAGUGGUCAACCACAGAAAAGGGAAUAACCACAACAUAGACAGUGUGAUAUACAGGUGGAACCCCCGGACUGGGCUCUUUGAAACCAACCAGACCAUCCCUACCUCUGGUGCCUACGACUGGGAAUUUUUCACCAUUGGGCCAUAUUCCUUCCUGGCCGUGGCCAACACGUUUAAUGGCACAUCCACAAAGAUCUACUCUCACAUCUACAUCUGGCUCCGUGGCUCUUUCCAGCUCUUCCAGUCUAUUCUGACCUUUGGUGCUGCCGACUGGGAGGUCUUUCAUAUCGGGGACAGAGUCUUCCUGGCUGUCGCCAACAGCCACAGCUACGACAGUGGGAUGCCGGUGCCCUCUAAUUUCUAUGCCAUCAACUCCUCCAUCUAUGAGCUGAACGUCACGGCCCAGAUGUUUGUCAAAUUCCAGGAUCUCCUCACCUACAGCGCCCUGGACUGGGAGUUCUUCUCGAUGGGGGACGACUCCUUUCUGGUGGUAGCAAACUCCUUCGAUGGCCUCACCUUCUCUGUUAACAGUAUUAUCUACAGGUGGCAAGGCUAUGAAGGCUUCGUAGCAGUUCACCACCUUCCCACCGUUGGCUGUAGAGACUGGGAGGCGUUUAACACCACCGAGGGCUCCUACCUCAUCUACUCCAGUGCCAAGGAGCCACUUUCCAAGGUGCUGAAGCUGAAAACCACAUGAGGUGGCCGAGGCGUACUCAGCUCCUUGCCGGGACUGGAAUGAGCAAAAGCGUGGAAGUGGGAAGACCCCAGCCUGGGACAGAUGAAGCCCAGGGACAACUGCAGCAUCCACCCGGGGACGGCUUGCUGUGCGUGCCACAGGGCAGAGAGGAGGACAGGAGCUGCCGGGCUCAGCAGCCUCCAGCCAGGAGGGUCCCAGAGCCCUGCUGUCACGGCCAGAGCUCGUGCAAAGCCAGGGAAGAAAAAGCCUGAGCAGAGUGUGUGCUCUUGAGUUGGACAUGUGGCAGCGGGGAGGAAACGACGUGAGAGAAGGUGGGGAAAAUCUGGCUUCAGCUUGGCUCUGGCUGCCCGACACCAGGGGCCCCAAAGCUGGCGAGGACCCCCCUGGCCCCACACGGCACACCGUGCCUGGGCUGUCUCCGGGGGUCUGUCUCCACACCACCGCACUGCUGCAUGGCACCUGCUGACCCUCCCCUCCACCGUGGCUGCUUUCUGUUGUCCUCGCUGAGAGACGUGUGUGUAUUGUACAAACCCAUGGACCUGUUGUACAGCUGCAGCUGGCAGAGAGGCAUUUGUCACGGCCGGCAUUGCCUAGGUGGCAGGGCAGGCACGCUCCUGGGCACUCAUCCCAAGGGUUUUGUGGAUGUGUGUCAGCUUGUUGCUGGCCUCCACUGCCUUGUCUGGUCCUUACACCCCUGUGUGCGGGGUUAGGGAUGCUUUUCCUUGCCUUUAUUUGGGGUGAUCUAUUGCUUAACCAGUGCUCCAAUAAACUGCGUGCACCCACCCA